AUGGAUCUCUACAAUGUUGUCGAUCCAGUCUCAUCGCUCUCACUCAACUCUACUGCUUCCUUGAUACAGCCUAUCAUGUAUUUCGUUUCCUCCGCGCUUCUCCUCGGCUCAGUCGCCCUACAGGGCGUUCUUGGCCGACCAGCUUUACAGGAGAGACAAUCUUCUCUCGACUCCUUCGUCAAGUCUGAGAGUUCGAUUGCUAUCGAGCAGCUCCUGUGCAAUAUUGGCUCUGAUGGCUGUAACUCACAGGGUGUUGCUUCUGGCGUGGUUAUCGCUUCUCCAGACACCGAGGACCCAGACUAUUUCUUCACUUGGACUAGAGAUGCUGCUCUUGUCUUUAAAUAUGUCAUAGACAGGUUCAUCAACCAGUACGACGCUGGCUUGCAGAAGAAAAUCCAACAGUACAUUGCCUCUCAAGCCAAGUUGCAGGGAGUUUCCAACCCUUCUGGUUCUCUCUCCGACGGUUCUGGCUUAGGAGAAGCCAAGUACGAAGUUGAUCUGAACCCCUUUACUGGCGGUUGGGGUCGACCUCAACGAGACGGCCCAGCUCUUAGGGCUACUGCUAUCAUCACUUAUGCCAACUGGUUGAUCGAGAAUGGCUACACUUCUACUGCCUCUGACAUUAUCUGGCCUGUUGUCCGCAACGAUCUUAACUACGUAGCUCAAUACUGGAACCAAACUGGGUUUGACUUGUGGGAAGAGGUCAAGGGAAGUUCAUUCUUCACCACCGCCUCUCAAUAUCGAGCCCUCAUUGAAGGCGCGGCUCUGGCUAAGAAACUUGGCAAGUCAGGAGACAACUACGCCGCCGUUGCUCCCCAGGCUCUCUGCUUCUUGCAGACUUACUGGAUUCCUUCCGGUAAAUACGUCGACUCCAACAUCAAUGUCAAUGACGGACGCACUGGCAAGGACGCCAACAGUAUCCUCACUUCCAUUCACAACUUCGACCCUGCUCUGAGCUGCGAUGCCGCUACUUUCCAACCAUGCAGUGACAAGGCUCUUGCCAACCACAAGGCCGUAACUGACUCUUUCCGCUCAUGGAACAUCAACAAGGGCAUCUCCCAGGGAAGUGCCGUAGCUGUUGGAAGAUAUGUCGAAGAUGUCUACUACAACGGCAACCCCUGGUAUCUUGCUACUCUUGCCGCCGCCGAACAGCUCUACGAUGCUCUCUAUGUCUGGAAGCAGAAGGGAUCCAUCACUGUCAACGACGUUUCACUCUCGUUCUUCAAGGAUCUUGUCUCCGGUAUUUCCACUGGCACCUACGCUAGCGACUCUGCAACCUUCAAGAGCAUCACCGACGCAGUUUCAAAAUAUGCUGAUGGAUAUGUGAGCAUCGUUCAGAAAUAUGUCGGCGACAACGGCGCCUUGGCAGAGCAAUUCGACAAGAACAACGGACGCCCCCUUUCUGCCACUGACCUGACCUGGUCAUAUGCCGCUUUCCUCUCUGCUGCUGAUCGCCGAGCCGGUAUUGUCCCUCCUUCUUGGGCGAGUGGCGCAGCUGCUGUUCCUCAACAGUGUGGAACUAAUACUGUUGUUGGCUCAUACUCGCUUGCAACUGCUACAUCGUUCCCAGCCUCGCAGACACCCAAGGGUGGUGUUCCAUCUCCUACAGGCACCCAGCCUACCAGCUCACCUACUUCUUGUGCUGUCGCAACUUCAGUUGCUGUCACAUUUGUUGAGACUGUUACCACAAACUUCGGCGAGACCAUCAAGAUUGUUGGCAAUAUUCCUGCCCUUGGUAACUGGGAUACCUCCAAGGCCGUUCCUCUGAGCGCUUCUGACUAUACCUCUUCUAACACUGUCUGGAAGGCCACCAUUCCUCUCAAAGCAGGACAAGACAUUCAGUACAAGUAUAUCAACGUGAAGAAGGACGGCUCUGUCACCUGGGAGAAGGACCCCAACCGCACAUACACUGUUCCCAAGACUUGUGCUACAAAGGCUACCAAGUCGGAUAAGUGGCAGUCCUAA